UGCAGCCUCCUCAGCAUCAGCACCAGCAGAGACGUCUCAAUCCUUCCUCUCCUCUGCUCUGCUCUCUCCUCUCCUCUCUCCUCUCCACUGCGGAACAUCGGCCUGUUUCCCUCCCAUCGCUCCACCAGCGGCAGACCCAGCUCGCCAUGGACAACACUGGGAAAGAGAAGGAGGCCAUGCAGCUGAUGGCUGAAGCCGACAAAAAGGUCAAAGCGUCCGGAUCCUUCCUCGGAGGGAUGUUCGGGGGAAACCAUAAGGUGGAGGAUGCCUGUGAAAUGUACGCCAGAGCAGCCAACAUGUUUAAGAUGGCAAAGAACUGGAGUGCUGCAGGGAAUGCAUUCUGCCAGGCCGCUCGGCUCCACAUGCAGCUGCAGAACAAACUGGACUCUGCCACCAGCUUCGUCGACGCCGGCAACGCCUACAAGAAGGCCGACCCGCAGGAGGCCAUCAACUGUCUAAAUCAGGCCAUUGAUAUCUACACUGACAUGGGUCGGUUUACCAUCGCAGCCAAACAUCACAUCACUAUAGCCGAGGUUUAUGAGUCUGAGCUGGUUGAUAUUGAGAAGGCCAUUGCCCACUAUGAGCAGGCAGCUGACUACUACAAGGGAGAAGAAUCUAACAGCUCAGCCAACAAAUGUCUUCUGAAGGUCGGACACUACAGCGCUCAGCUGGAGCAGUACCCGAAAGCUAUUGAAAUCUAUGAACAGGUUGCUAUGAACACCAUGGACAACCCCCUGCUGAAGUACAAUGCUAAAGAGUAUUUCUUCAAGGCUUCACUGUGUCACUUCAUAGUGGACGAACUGAACGCCAAGUUGGCCAUAGAGAAAUACGAGGAGAUGUUUCCAGCCUUCUCAGACUCCAGAGAGCUCAAACUGUUAAAGAAACUCCUAGAAGCCCACGAGGAGCAGAACAGCGAGGCGUUCACGGAGGCAGUUAAGGAUUUCGACUCAGUGUCUCGUCUGGACCAGUGGCUGACCACGAUGCUGCUCCGCAUCAAAAAGACCAUCCAGGGAGACGCUGGGGACCUGAAAUAGACAAAUGUAGUGAUAGGGGAGAAAGGGGGAGGGGGACAGGGGGAGACGGGAUGGUAAAGACAGAGGAAAGGUUAUAGUAGAGGGGAUUGAAGUGGAUGGAAAUGAAAUGAGGGGAGUGGAGAAUGUGUUUUGGUGGACAAAAGAAGAUAGACACAGACGCAGGAAGAUGAAA